UCAAAGGCCACACAAGAGUUGUCACUGACAUGGGUUGAAGUAAAAUGGACUCAACAGUUCUCGGACAAGAUCACCCACACCUUCAUUUGUUCGGCUCUUGCUCGGAUGACAUGACUGUGAGACUGUAUAAGGUCGACACUUCAGGAGAAGACCCCACAUUCGAGUUCUUCAAAGAACUCAACACCAAGUUUAUUGAAGAAUGGCACACUCUAACUUACAUGGCGUUUGAACAAGGUGGAACCAGACUUGCAGCAGCCACUCAGAACGGAUACCUUGUGAUUUGGGAUCUUUCAGAACUCCAUUCAGAAGAAUAUCAGCCAAAGGUGCUUUAUCAAAGAAGAGUUCACACAGGAAGCAUUGAGGGAUUGAAAUGGAAACAAGGGAAAAUAGUGACUGUUUCAUCAGAUAUGACAGCAUGUUCAUGGAAUAAUUCACAAAAAUAA